CCGCGCAACUCCACUUUCUGUAGCGUCUGCGCUGCGGUCCACGCUUCACUUCACACCCGCCGCUUCAUCAGUUUCUGAUUUCGUUGACCCCUUGUGUUGUUACCUGUCAAAAUUGGAAACAUGUCGGGUGAAGACGAAAAGGCUCAAGUCGAAUCCCCCGAGGUUGAGGCAAGCAAAGAAAAACCAAAGUCUGAUUCCAAAAUGGACAGUGACAAAGAAAAGGUGGUGAAUGGUGAAGAACAGAAAGAUACCAAGAAGGCACCGAAAAGAAAAGCUGCUGUGAUCAAGAAAGUUGAUGAUAGUGAAGAUGCUGAAGCUGAAACUGAUGAGGUGAAGAAGAGUCCCAGGAAAAAAAAGGCACCGUUGCCCAAGAAGUCCCCUGCCAAAAAAUCAAAGAAGAAAGAGUCCAGUGAUGAGGAGGAGGAGGAAGAUGAAGAGUCUAAGGAAGAAACUGCCGUCGCUAAACCUACUAAAAAACAGGAUAACUCCAAGAAGGGGAAAAAAAAUGCCAAGGAUGACGAUGAUGAUAAGGAAGGAAGUGAAGUUGAUGAUGAGGAGAAGGAGGAGUCAAAGAAAGAAGAUGUUCCCAAGAAAGCCAAUAAGAAACAGGAUUCUCCUAAGAAAGGGAAGAAAGAUGUCAAGGAUGAUGUUGAUGAAAAUGGAGAAAGUGAAGAGGAAGAUGAGGUGCCAGAGCCUAAGCCCAAGAAAGGUGUACCUCUUCUUGACCAACCUCUGGAAAUUACCGGUUCUCGUGAAAGGAAGAAAGUUGCGAGAUUUGUAUAUGUUGCACCAGAAGAAAACAAGAAGCCCUUUACAGUUCCUGAAGGAAAAGGAACCAAACUUGGAGAUAUCCCAAGAAUAGAGUACCAAAUCAAUAAAGUAAAGACCGAUGAGUUAGUAGGUUUGAGCAAAGUACUCUUCGGAAGUCGAAGACCUGUAAGGACUCUUCUCAAGAGGUCUUGGCGUAACUUCAAUGGCUAUGAUUUUGAUGACUCCUCAGAUCAGUGGGAGAAUAAGAAGCAAUCAUUAGUCAAGCUGGGUUCAAAGUCACUGAAGAAAGUUUGUGAGGUGUUGGAUUUAGAAAGGUCAGGUACUGUGGCAGUUAUCAUUGACCGUAUUAUGGAGUUUUGCAAGGAACCCAAAGACAGUGGAAAGAAACCACCUGCACCAAAAUCAAAACGAAAGUCCAUCAAAGGCAAGAAAGGGAAAACUGUUGCUGACUCUGAAGACAGUGAUGCUAAACCUGCACGCUCAAAGCGAGGAAAAGGUAAACGUGUUACACUGAAAGAUGUCUCAGGCUCUGAGUCUGAAGAGAAGCCCAAACGCUCAACCGGAAGAACAGUAAAGAAAUCUACCUACAAAGACGAGUCUUCGGAGGAUGAAAGGAAGUCUGAAAGUGAAGAUGAAGAGAAAGAAAAGGUUGAGCAGGAGAAGAAGUCUACCAAGAGUGAGUCUGGGGAUGAAGUGGAAAAGAGUGAAGAUGGUGACAAAAAAAAUGAAAAGGAUGAAAAAGAAGAUGACGAUGACAAAGAGGAAGAAAAGGAUGAUGAUGUAGAGGAAGAGAAGACAAAGGGCAAGAAGGGCAAAAAGGCGGCUCCAAAGAAAGCACCUUCUAAGGCUGCCAAGAAAGCUUCACCUAAGAAGGCACCAGCCAAGAGGAAGAAGGAAGAAUCUGAAAGUGAGGCAGAGGCGAAUGAGGCUGCGUCGUCUGAUGAUGAUGAGCCACUAGUGAAAAAAGCCAAGGCUCAGGCCCCUCCUACGGAUGAAGAAAUUAAGACCUAUGUAACAAAGAUUCUGGAAGGAGCUAACUUAGAAGAAAUCACCAUGAAGACAGUGUGUAAGCAGGUCUAUGAAAACUACCCAAAUCAUGACCUUGCUCUCAAGAAAGAUCUCAUUAAAGACACAGUUCGAUCGCUUAUCUCAUGAGCUCAGCUUGAGGUACUGGUUUGCCUAUGUCAUAAGAAAGUUGUACCACAUGCUAUUCUGUCGAAGAAUUGUGCAUUCUUCCAAAACCCCUCCAAUUUAAAAUUUAUUUUUUAAAUAAAGUGCUUGUAAUAUUUUUUUUUUGUGA